AACCCUCAGUUGAGACAGGAAGCUGGUUCAGGAACUUGUCAGCAGAGGCAGCACUGCUAUCAGAGCUUCUGCCUGGGGGCUAACAGUAAGCAGCUGCCCUGCUGAGCUCCCGGCCAGGCACCUGUCCCUCUCUUUGCUGGCUAAUGGAUCCCAACGGAUCCCUUUCCUUGAGAAUACUUCUGUUUCUCGCCAUGGCUUUUGAGUUGAGCGCUGGAACAGGUGGAGGUGUGAUGGAUUGCUCAGUGAUUCUCCAGAAGCUGGGACAUGACACAUGGCUGCCCCUGACAGAUGAACAUCAGAUAAAUAAGAGUGUGAACAAAAGCAUCCGCAUCCUUGUCACGAUGGCAACAUCUCCAGGAAGCACAACCAACAAGAAAAUAGUGUCUUUUGAUCUGUCUAAAGGGGGCUACCCAGAUCACCUGGAGGAUGGCUACCAGUUUCAACCAAAAAACCUGAGCCUGCGGAUCCCGGAGGCCAGGCGGGAGAGUGAAGGGUUGUACUUCGUGAGCGUGGAGGAGAACGUGUCAGUUCAGCAGUUCUGCAUGCAGCUGAAGCUUUAUGAGCAGGUCUCCACUCCAGAGAUUAAAGUGCUAAACAAAACCCAAGAGACUGAGAAUGGGACCUGCAGCUUGCUGGUUGCCUGCCUGGUGAAGGAAGGGGAUCAUGUGGCUUACAGCUGGAGUGACGAGGCUGGUACCCACCUGCUGAGCCAAGCCAACUCCUCUCACCUCCUGCACGUCAGGCUUAGCAGCCAGCAUCAAGACAGCACCUACAACUGCACUGUAAGCAACCCUGUCAGCAGUCGCUCUAAGAUCUUCAACCUAUGGCAAGAAGAAUGCAGGCAAGAAGUCUCAGAGUCGAGUUCAUGGAUACCAUAUACUGCUGUACCAUCUGGGGUCAUUUUAAUCAUCAUCCUGGUUUCCAUGGGAAUAAUAAUGGCGAAAAGACAAGGUAAACCAAAUCAUUGCCAGCCACCAGUAGAAGAAAAAAGCCAUACUAUUUAUGCUCAAGUACAGAAAUCAGGACCUCAAGAGAAGAAACUUCAUGAUUCCCUGACAGAUCAGGACCCCUGCACAACCAUUUAUGUGGCUGCCACAGAGCCUGCCCCAGAGUCUGUCCAGGAAUCAAACCCCACCACAGUUUAUGCCAGUGUGACACUGCCAGAGAGCUGACCCAUAGACCCAGUGAAAGGACUUUUUGAAGGAGGAUAGAAGGACCAAAAGACACACUGAACUGGGCCCCAGGUCCCAAGUUCUCUGUGACAGAAACUGCACAUCUGUACCCUUCUCCAAUCAGUUCCCUGGUGAUGGAUCUGCACAGGCAUGCCUGUGAAGUAGAUGAGGAAGUGAGGCUUCUGGAGCACGUAGCCUGCCCUGCAGCUGACACAGACGUGAAGCAGAGAUCCCUUGACACAUCGUUCCAUCCUUGCUGUGACAGAUAAAAUGCAUAAUGUGAGUUCAGGCAUCUCACUCUCUGCUGGGUUGGAUAACAGAACCCCAAAACAACAACAACAACAACAACAACAACAACAACAAAACUAGGACAAAGACUCCUUUUCAGAUGGCUGAGCACAAGGUACAAAGACUGGAGACAUUUUCAUUUUGACUCUCUGUACUUUAUUCUGGAAGCUGAUUCUGAUCACCUCAAGACCAAGGGUUCUGUGCCUCAGUUUCUCUCUCACCCUCUAGAUGAAGAGGGAACAAAGCAUAAAGAAUGAAAUCUUUGUUGUCUGAGAUCAUUCUGUAAAAGAACUGAUAUUUUAUUUGCAAAACCCAAGCUAGUAAUUCAAUAGACUUGAAAACGGUUGGGGCUCUCUGAAGCUUCAAACAACAGAAUGGAAUCCAUCUAAGGUUCUUCAAAUUACAGUUCUCAGCAAGCAGCAUUGUGUUUAAGUCAAAGCAGCAAUGUUUGGUAAUGCUGUUGUAAAGUUGCCUGGGAUACUCAGAGGAACUUGUCCCAGGGAGGUUUUUUCACUUCUUCAAAGAACUUUUGACUUUAAGUUCUCUGUUUACUCCCUUGAGCAAAACUCUGCAUCCUCAAGAUUCUCUCUCCGUUGGUUGUGAGGCCAUUUUAUAAUCUAGGCCUCCUGUGGAAAUACAGGUCUACUACCCACUUCCUAUCUCACUGCAUACCUCUGUGUACUAGUAAAUUUAACCUCAAGUAGAAAAUUAAAUUAUUUUGAUUUAACAGUUCCAAA